ACACACGCAUAUAUAUAUACAUUAUGUAUGCAUAUACUCUCACUCCUCCAAACCAACAGUCAUCACCUGCUCUUGAUUGAAUUUGAAAGGAUGGCGGACCUCUGCGCUGUUCGGCUCAUCCACACCCAUCUUCCCAUACACGCCGCUCCCCCCCACCCCCACCCUCGCAUUUCAUCGCUCUUUCCUUGCAGGACUCGCUAUCCUUUCGUCCUCAAGCAUAGCCGCUACGCUUCUGGAUUGAUAUACUGCGUUAAUUCACCUCUGAGCUCCACAACAUCUGGAGAAACUGUUACGACGACUACAGAUAAACUUGAAACUGAUGGAUUGGCAACACCGGCGGAUGUAGAUGAGAAGAAAGAAGAUUCGAAUACUCAGCUAUCUGAAACAGAUAAGGUAGAUAGUGAUGGAGGGAUUGCAACAGCAGAUUAUGCUCCACCAGAAGAAAAGAAAGAAGAUUCAGGUGCCGAAGUAAAUGAAGCAGAUAAGCCGCAGACUGAUAGUGUGGUGUCUUUGGAAAAUGCUAGCGUGGACGAGAAGAAAGACGAAUCUUUGCCCGACCUGCAAUUGUCCAAGUUCUUGGAGGAUCUUGGUAUAGAGUUUGAUUAUGAAAAGAAUAAGUACUCACUUCUCACAAUUGGCGGCGGAGGCUUAGUUGCAGUCUGGGUAGCAUCUAUUGUGGUGGGCGCCAUCGAUUCUAUUCCACUGUUACCAAAAUUGUUGGAACUUGUCGGCCUCGGAUACUCUAUCUGGUUCGCCAUUCGCUACCUAAUUUUUGAGGAAAGUAGGGGAGAGUUGGUAGCUAAAAUUGAACAGGUUAAGCAGGAGAUAUUUGGUUAAGGUGAUGCAUAGUGGUGAGGUCAAAUUAGUUCUAAAGAAAACAGCUAUUGUGUAAAAAGGUGUUUUUGGUGUGUUUAAAUGAUAGAGUAUUAUUGUUACUUGAAUACAUAUGCUUCUGAAUGCGCUGUUUUUGUUGUUUGUAAUCGGGGCCGUCGAUUAUCAGUUUCUCAUUUCAAUCCAAUGGCUCGAAAAGUACAUGGACAUUUUAUUGUUAUUCUGUAUGUAUUAGAGUUAGAAAUUAAAGCAGUGUUGAGAGUUUA